AUGCAUUCCCUGGCUUUUGUCAAAGCCUGCGUCCUGGCAGCGGCGGCGGCUCUCGCGUCUACGGCGAUUGCUGAAUCAACCUGGAUCAGGCCAGACGCGAGUGGCGACUCCAACUUUAGGGGUUGGUACAUCCAAGGCGUUACCAAUGGGGCGUUCAACAGAGACAUAUGGUGUGCUGGUGCCAACACGGAGACGGAGCUGUUUCUGUCGAUAGCAGCAACAGCAACCUCUUCGUCUUCUACCGGCCAAGCAAUUUCCAUUUCCGCCAGCGCGAGCACUCCAACGAACACCUCCGCGGGCUCUGAUUCGGGUUCAGGUUCAGGCUCAAGUAGCAAGGCAUGGAUAGCCGGCGUCGUCGUCGGCCCGCUUGUGGGAAUAGCGCUUGGAGUGCUGGUUUUCUUCAUGCUGAGAAGGAGAUGGAAGAAGAAGCAUGCUGCUGCGGCCGCUCCAGAGGGCCAGGAGGGCGCUGCGGCCGGCCAUGGAAUGCAGCAAGACUGGUCCAAACAGACACCUCCCGGGUACACCCAGCAGCAAUGGCAGGCUAGCCCAGAGCCUCCUCCAUCGGAGAUGGAAACAAAUCGGUGGGCUGGGGGUCCCAGGGAGAUGGACUCGGGAUACCCUGCGGCUGAAUUGGACGGGGGACAUGUGGCAAGGAACUGA